UGGGUUUGGGCGAAAAGGGACACAUUUAGCCGCGCCCCCAGCCGUAACCUGGGACAUUUCGUGCAAGGAUAGCUGUCUCUUUUUGUAUCUCACUGAGGAUCCUAAAACUUCAUCACUUUCCAGGACAUAGAGCAACGAAGCUUUUGCCUAUAGUCAUUUCGAUUCCGAGAGCCCAGACGGUAUCGUUAACUGUCAGCUAACGCUAUGUUAGUGUUAGCUUGCUAAUCUGGUUUUGUAGCUAACAUUACCGACAAGUCGGUCGUCCUCUCGUUCAGGAAGAAUUAGCAAGUAAUGUAUUGUUAGCCAUAGGUGCCUGUCCUAGAUGCUAGCUUUGAUGGCUGGUUUACCUACACGUAGUUAUGCGUUUUGGUCGAGUGUAUUGUUUUAUGUGUUGCUAAACCUCGCAACAGCCAGAAGAAGGGAAAAUCAUUGCAUUUGAAGUAAUGUUAACACACACCGUUGGCUAGCUGGCUAACAUGUUAAAUGGGAAUAUACUGUUAGUAGUAAGUAUUGCUAGCUAGUGUGGCACGUUAAUAGUCUGAAGAAUUGCUAACAGAUUUAAAUGUUAGGCCACUUCAUGUCAGCAUCAGAAAAGGCUGUCAGUAAGUCUCUAGUGUGGCUCAUGUGUUGACCAGUUUCAGUGUAGUUUCAUCAGCAUAUAGCUCAUCAAAGCUAUUUUACCUACUCUCAAUUAGCUGUCGGAGUAAUGUCAUGCUAACGUCAGCUGGUUAACAUUGCCUCUAGUAAGCUUGUUAACAUAGCUGACCAACUGACAAGUUGCAUGGUAUUCUGCGGCGUUUGGGCGAUUUGACAUCGGAGCUGGUAGUUGAGCGAGCGUGUCCAGAUAUGGUGCUUCGUUUAUAAGUUAACACUUGAGAGAAAUUAAUCUUUCUAAUUCACUAUGACUGUAAGAUAGCUAUUAUAGCUAGUUGGCUAGCUUUAUCGCCUUUGCUGAUUUAGCUGACCAGGUGUGUGUUAAUUGUUUUGUUGACACCAUCCUGUGACGGAGCGACUGUAACUGUAAAGCAACCCCUGUUUAGAUUGUAUUUUUGUAAAUUGACGGGCUUAUCCAACGUUAUAUAUCGUAAAAGAACACAGCAACAGAUUGACAUAGGCUGCUAAGUAAUCUAGAAAUUGAAGACAUCUGACUGACAGAUAAGACAUGGCCCCCAAAAGACGACCGGUGCCGCUCAACAUCUCCACCGUUGGGGAAGGACAACCCACGUCCACCACCAUAGAUGCUGCUUCUGAGGCCAACCUGGAGGCCCUGCAGAAGAAGCUGGAGGAGCUGGAUCUGGAUGAGCAACAGAGGAAGCGCUUGGAGGCCUUCCUUACCCAGAAGGCCAAGGUGGGCGAGCUCAAAGACGACGACUUCCACCGCAUCUGUGAGCUGGGCGCUGGCAACGGUGGCGUGGUGAACAAAGUGUGCCACAAGCCCUCGGGGCUGGUGAUGGCACGCAAGCUCAUCCACCUGGAGAUCAAACCGGCCAUCCGCAACCAGAUCAUCAGAGAGCUGCAGGUCCUACACGAGUGCAACUCGCCCUACAUCGUGGGCUUCUACGGAGCCUUCUACAGCGACGGAGAGAUCAGCAUUUGCAUGGAACACAUGGACGGUGGAUCACUGGACCAGGUGCUAAAGGAGGCCAAGAGGAUCCCAGAGGAGAUUCUGGGUAAAGUCAGUAUUGCGGUUCUAAGGGGUCUGGCGUACCUCCGCGAGAAGCAUCAGAUCAUGCACAGAGACGUAAAGCCCUCUAACAUCCUGGUGAACUCUCGCGGUGAGAUCAAGCUCUGUGACUUUGGUGUGAGUGGCCAGCUCAUCGACUCCAUGGCCAAUUCCUUUGUGGGCACUCGCUCCUAUAUGUCGCCCGAGCGUCUGCAGGGCACCCACUACUCGGUGCAGUCGGACGUGUGGAGCAUGGGCCUGUCUCUGGUGGAGCUGUCCAUCGGCCGCUACCCCAUCCCCCCGCCCGACCCCCGCGAGCUCGAGGCCAUCUUCGGGCGCCCUCUAGUGGACGGAGCCGAUGGAGAAGCUCAGAGCACCUCACCCAGACCCAGGCCGCCCGCCAGACCAGUCAGCGGGCACGGGCCAGCUAUGGCCAUCUUUGAGCUGCUGGACUACAUCGUCAAUGAGCCUCCUCCCAAAUUGCCGCUGGGCGUGUUCACCUCAGACUUCCAGGAGUUUGUCACCAAAUGCCUCAUAAAGAACCCUGCAGACCGGGCAGAUCUUAAGAUGCUGAUGAACCACACCUUCAUUAAGCGCGCUGAGGUGGAAGAGGUGGACUUUGCUGGGUGGCUCUGCAAGACCAUGGGCCUGAACCAGCCCAGCACCCCGACACGCAUCACUGACUGAGACACAUGUACACACACACACACGCACGCACGCACACACACACACAUACAGUGCUAAGUGACAGAUUCUCUUUAGCUUGCAUAUAUGUACAUUUACCAACUUGAAGCCUGUUUUCUGAACUUGCACAGUGUGACACACAUACAGACACACAGACACACACACACACACACACACACACACACACACACCACGCACCUCUGUAUGAUAGUCUGAAUCACCAGCGUCAUCAGGACGCCCCCCUCCCCCUUACGCCCCGCAGGGAUAUCCCAAGAUGCUUUGGGGUGACUUUCAAGCCCCACAGCAUCGGUGCCCCAUUAAUGCGCCGUUCUGAUUAGGAUAAUGCACCUGUCCGUCACUUCCCCUCCGCUUCCAUUGGCUCAGGGUUUGGUCCAAUCAGGAAUGUGGUGCGUGUGUGUUCAAGACACGGCACGAAUUGCACCUUGGGGGAGUCCACCUCAAGAGGACUGAAAACUGUAGAGUGAUGUACACUCUGCCCCUCCCAGACUGUAGAUGAUGUAGUCUCUGCUCUCACAGACUGUAGGCAGUGUAGCCCACUGAUGCAAGAAGGAUCAUGCUAGCGCUAAUGUGUUUAGCAAGAUGUCCGAUACUCCAGAUCCUCAGAGUUUCCACAUCAGAGUCGAGCUUAGACAUGCACUGUGGAGGCAACACAGAAAUGAUGGGGAGUAAUUUCAGUAUCUUGCACACACACACACACACACACACACACACACACACACACACACACAGAAGCGUGCAUCAUUCUGGCCUUCCUCGCUCAUUCACCUGGUACCACAAAGAGAGAGACCAAAUCUUCACUCAAGUUACAACCUCCCAAAUGGACAUAGAGUAUAUAUAAAUAUAUAUAUAUACUAUUAUACAUUUAUUAUAUUAGCGAGGCAUGGGCCUCAACUGGGCGCAGUGAUCUUUAAAUAUAUUUCAGAUAUAUUUCAGCUUUGUGAGUAAAAACUGAGCUGAACUUCCUGGUGGCUGCGCAUGCAGAACUCUAUGAUGCGUUUCGUUUUCCAUGUUCCCUUUUGUUUGUGUGUAUUUUCUUUCUCUCUUUUUGUUUUCCUCUUCCUUUUUGUUUGUGUUUAUUUUCUUUUCCCCUGUUGCUUUCUAGUGUCUCUCUUUGCCAGAAGUUCAAAAGCUGCUGCAAGGGUGAUUUGAUAUGAUAUACUCUUAUGAAUCUGGGAAAAUGGACAGUUUGAGGGAUGUUGUUUCUUCUUUUUUUGGUUGUUAUAUGUGUGUAUCACCCCCUCCCCCCCUACACACACACACACAGGUGUCUGCGUUUUGCAGCACCUCUCAUAGGUUCUCAAACAGCUGUGUACCAUCUGUACAUGCACUCCACACAGAUAAGAUGCAUCUGGCAGGGUUAUGCGUUUUGCCCAAGCAUAGGUUAGUACUCACCUGUCAGUUGUAGAAUAAUAAACAGCUUGCGCCAUGAGGGCUGUAGCCAGCAGCCAACUCGGGAACAGAGGCGUUAUUCUCUGUCCCUGGAUCAGUGUUGGCCCUCAUAUGUGGCGUCAGAUACAGAGGCGUUUCCUGGGACGCUGUGGGACUGCCCACCUUGCUGCAGAAGAGCACGGCGAGCCCUGGCACAGAGCUGAGCAUCACAGUGGAGCGGGCGGUGGGCAGUCCUGAGGGCAUGAGCUGAGAUGAGCUGAGCUGAGCCGUCUAGGGGCUCACAGGUGGCUAUCAAGGGCUUUACCAGUGAUAUAGGGCCAUACUUGCUUAUCUUGUGUGGAGAGAUAAUGAACAGUAGGUGAUGAGGCGCUAUAUUGAUAAGUAAUAUGAGUCCUAGUGUUCAGUAUCUUAUAUGCAGUACAAGUCAGAUUGGGGAGUUCUGAACUGGUGACUGAGUUGGGGGUAGCUUGGGCCUUUUCUCUUGUCCUCUUGUUUUCUUCUUCUUUUCUUUGGCACUCUUGGACCUCUUUCAAUCACAGUUUCAAAUGGAGAAUGGCGCCACCUAGAGGCAGAGUUAUGUUAUUUUAUUUUGGUCUUUUUAAUGUCAUUAUUGUCAAUAAAAGAUGGUGUGUAAGAUCACA